CCCCGCGCGUGCCCCGCCCCCCCGCGCGUGCCCCGUGUUGUAGCGGAGCGCGCGCGUCUCGCGCCGUUAAUUGAGGCGGCGGCGGCAGCGAUCAGCGGGAGGAGCCCCCAGACCCCCCCGCGAGGACCCCCCAGACCGCGGACCCCCUCGCCCCGGGUGCCAGGGGGGAUGUUCUCGGUUCGCGGGGGCCCCGAGCGGCCUGAGGGCGCCGCGGCCCGAGCUCCCGUGCCUCCGCUGCGAACCCCGGCGCCGCAGCCGCCGCCGCAGCCGCAGCAGCACCACCCGAGCCCGGCCACCGCCGCCGCCUCCUCCUCCUCCGGCGAGGAUGCAGCAGCCAGAGCAGCGGCGACGAAGUCGAUGGAGGGCUACGUGGGCUUCGCCAACCUCCCCAACCAGAUCUACAGGAAGGCCGCCAAACGUGGCUUUGAGUUCACACUCAUGGUUGUAGGAGAGUCGGGAGUUGGGAAAUCUACACUCAUCAACUCCAUGUUCAAGACGGAUCUGUAUUCUGAAGAGUUUCCAGGACCAACCAAGCGGAUACAGAAAACCGUAAAGGUUGAGCAGUCCAAGGUGGUGAUCAGAGAGGAGGGUGUGCACCUCACCCUCACCAUUGUGGACACACCUGGAUACGGAGACUUCAUCAACAACAGUGAAUGUGUGCAGCCCGUGAUUGAUCACAUCGACAGCCAGUUUGAGGACUACCUGAACGCGGAGUCGCGUGUAAACAGGCGCCCGAUGCCAGACAGCCGAGUGCACGUGUGCCUCUACUUCAUCGCUCCCUCCGGCCACGGGCUGAAGGCACUGGACAUUGAGUUCAUGAAACGCCUCCACAACAAGGUGAACAUUGUUCCCCUGGUGGCAAAGGCCGACGCAUUCUUGCCCACAGAGUGCUGCGCCUUCAAGAAGCAGAUAAUGAAGGACAUCCACGAUAACAACAUCAAGAUUUACCAGUUCACGGACACGCAUGAUGAAGAGGACAACAAGCUCCUGAAUAAAGUCAAGGAGAGGCUGCCCCUCGCUGUCAUCGGCAGCAAUGUGGUGGUGGACGUGGGCGGCCGCAGGGUGUGGGGGCGCCACUACCCCUGGGGAGUGGCCGAAGUGGACAACGUGGAGCACUGCGAUUUCACCACCCUGCGCAGAAUGCUCAUCAGGACUCACAUGCAGGACCUGAAGGACGUGACGAACAACGUUCACUAUGAGAAUUUCCGCAGCUGCAAGCUGGCGGCGCUCACAGGCAACGUUGCCGAGAACAGCAAGAGCAAGAGCCAGCUGACCAAGAGCCCCCUGGCACAGAUGGAAGACGAGAAAAAAGACCACAAAUCUAAGAUGAAGAAGAUGGAGACAGAGAUGGAGCAGGUGUUUGACAUGAAAGUGAAAGAGAAAAAACAAAAGCUGAAAGACUCUGAGGCAGAGUUACAGCGCCGCAGCGAGCAGAUGAAACGCAGCCUGGAGAGCCAGCUGCGUGAGCUGGAGGAGCGGCGCAGGCAGUUUGAAGAGGAGCGGCUGGCUUGGGAGAGCCAGCAAAGAGAGCUGGAUCAGCAGCGUUUGGAUAACAGCAAGACCAUGGAGAAGAACAAGAAAAAGGGAAGGAUCUUCUAAAAAAACCUCAAUCAUGAAAGCAGAUCCCACAAUACGUCCCUUGCACCCAGCCUCGGUGGUCCUGACGUGUGCGGUUCAAACCCUUAAGAGUAAAGGUGGGGGCAGCAAAGGGCUUGGCCAGAACUACGCCCUCGGAUGUUGCAGUGACUUACGGAACCCUCACAGUACUCGACUAUCCCUACACUGCAGAGUGAACGUGUUAUGUUAACCAUCGGCAAUUAUUGUUUUUUGUAUUAUAGGCCUUUUUACAACCAACAAGCCAUUUCAGCAUAGUUAAUUUAGAGUGCUUUUGAAGAGCCAAAUGUGUGAUGUAUCUCUUACUGCCAAGGUUUCGGUGAUGUUUUGUAUUCAAGCCGCUCAUUUUUAAUUGUUUUAGUCGACACAUGCUUGGUCAUGUAUGGGCGCAUUUUUUUGUUAUUUCAAUAAUUUACAGUAUUUUGUAAAGUUUUUAACCAUGUUUACCAUGUUUUAUAUGCAUUUGCAUUUCGCUGUAACAUAUUUGCUUAGUUUAUUCUCUGUAAAACUUGGCAUCUGUACUGUGUGUAGCAAAUGCUGUGCGCUGCACCGGACGGCACGGCGCACAGCACGAGGCUGCCUGCCUGGAGGAGGAGGAUUCCGUAAUCUUCCGUGAGCAGCCCUGUUCUAUUUUUGACAUUGUUGAUGCAUGUGAUGUUGGGGGUCCGGUAGCCAGCCAUAGGGUGAUACUAAUCAUUGUUGUUAUUAUCAUGACCGUCAGUAUAUUUGUAGUGCGAUGGUGGUUUUAAAGCUGUCCUUGCACCAAUCCACACGCCACAUUAUCGUGUGUGCAAACCUUCAGAGAUGAAUUACAAUAUAUGCAUCACACAUUCAUUACAUUAUGGACAUUACAAACUAUGAUCCACAGUCGCUAGCGUGAAACCCACAGGUGUUGGUUUUCCAGUCGUGCACAAUACAAGUUGCUUUGGACAUCGGUGACAUUGCCUGCAUUGCUGGUAUCACAAAGUGUGUUGUCUGUUGCCUGCAUUGCCCUUGCUAACCCGGUCUGGUUGUAAAAUAAAGCAAAGCACAGCCAAUUUUACUCACCACAUGAAGUACACUCACUGGGGCUAGCUGGGCAUCUGUACACUUUUCCCACUUUUCCUGUAUUCGGUAACUGCAAAGAUUGCUGUUUAAAUCUACUAAACAAUCCCACAUUAAAAGCACUGUCCACCA